AUGAUAUUAUCAUCCAUUAUUAAACAAUUGACAUGUUUAAUUUUAUGUUCGUCAACUUAUUUUGCAUCUAAAAUAUCACACUGUCAAUCAUUAAUAUGGGAUAAAGGUAUACCAAAUACCGUUCAAUGUGCAAUUUCUGAUCCGUUGAAAUGGUACAUUGGUGAAAACGUAAUAAAUACUACAGAUUCAAGAUACCGCAAAAUUUAUGGAUAUAUACCAAAUGGUAGAAAUCUUUAUGUUUAUCAUCCAAAACAUAAUCAAAUAAUCAAAUGUUCCAAAAAUUUGACCUCAUAUUGUUAUCGCAUAAUUUUAAAACGAUGUCUUCCUAAGACAUGCCAAAAUAAUGGCCAAUGCAAAAUGAUUGAUUCGAAUACACCAAUUGAACGAGUGACCUGUUUAUGUAAACAUCUCUCAAAAGGAUAUAAAUGCAAUGAAAGAUAUGAAAGUGUGGCAUGGGUAACAGUAUUACUUUGGUUAGCUGUAUUAUUCGAAAUAACAAUGAUUAUUGGAGCAAUUUAUCGUAAUGAGAAUCAAAAUGUUUAUAAGGGUGCUAUAAAUCGCCGUUUUGUGGAUAUACUUGGUGAGUCUGAUGAAUUAUUCCAAUGA